AUGGAUGGGGAGGAUAGUUUUGUGGCUCUGGUUCACUGCUCUGGAAAAAUUCAAAAGAGCAAAAGGCAUGGUGUAAAAUUCAUAGAUAGAGAACCGCUUAGUGUUUUUAUCCGAUCGUCGAAUACGUUGGCAGAGAUUAAGUUAAGCAUAUUACGGAAGCUCGGUACCUGUGGGACGAAGUGGGUAAAAAAUUUAUUUUACAAGAUUCCCAUUGCCGUUGUGUCAACUGGUGUGAGAUAUGAGACCUUCGUGAUUGGGUCGGAUGAAGACUUGCAGGUCUUGUUUCACUGUAGGCGUAGUUUUCCGGAGGUGAGGAUACCUGAGCUGCUUGCGAAGUUGGAAGAUGGUGUGGAUAGCUCUGGGGCAUCGGCACCUAAUCCUCAGUCGACCCCAGCUGGUGGUGCAUCAACAUCGAUGCCUGUGGUAGCAGCGGCAGUUCCGAAUGCUGAGUCCGAAUAUGCUGGGGCUGUUCAUGCAUAUAUUGCUCCUGUUGUUCCUGAUUUUGAAUGCGAUGCCGGACCGGAUCGAGUUGAGAAUGCACUGUUUGACGAUGAUUCGGAUGCGGAGCCUGUCGAUAUUGGUGGGGACAGUGAUGAUGAUAUUCCAAGAGGUGGACGUUCAACCCAUGGAGGUUCCGGAGAUGCAUGA